AUGGUUACGAUGAAUUCAUCGGAAAAGGCGGCACAAAAAGCCUGUCAACAAGGUCCAUCCAGAGACAGCUCAAAAUGUAUAAAAGACGAAAAAGAAAAAGACAAAAAAGAGAAUACUGUCUCCACACUGCCCAUCGGAGUGCAAGCUCUGAUGUCCACUAUACCGUCGCCGGAGGAGUCACCUAACUAUUUGGUCUACAAGAAGAUGGAAUCAAUCAUCGAGAAGAUGCAAGAUGAAAACACCGGAGUGCCAGUGAGGACUGUGAAGAGUUUCAUGACGAAGAUACCAUCGGUGUUCACCGGCGCAGAUCUUGUUGCGUGGCUGACCCGUCACCUGCAUCUUGAAGAAACCUGGGAGGCUCUACACCUGGCCCACCUUCUAGCCGCCCAUGGAUACCUGUUCCCCAUAGAUGAUCAUUGCUUGACUGUGAAAAAUGAUAACACAUAUUACAGGUUCCAAACUCCGUAUUUUUGGCCAUCCAACCAGUGGGAGCCGGAGAAUACUGAUUAUGCGGUAUACCUGUGCAAGCGUACGAUGCAGAACAAGGCGCGGCUGGAGCUGGCCGACUACGAGGCGGAGUCGUUGGCGCGACUGCAGAAGAUGUUCAGCAGGAAGUGGGAGUUUAUCUUCAUGCAGGCGGAGGCGCAGAGUAAGGUGGAUAAAAAGCGUGACAAACUUGAAAGGAAGGUGCUGGAUAGUCAAGAGCGGGCUUUCUGGGAUGUUCACCGACCCAUGCCGGGCUGUGUGAACACAACUGAAAUGGACCCAAAGAAGCUGUCCCGCAUCAACGCUCUGAAAGCCAAACGUCUGAGACAGUGCCAAGAGUUGAUACUGCAGCAUAACUUGAAGACAAACCCAAUAGUGACGAUCACAAACCCACAAGAGAGUGAAGACGAAAUACAGAAGAACUCUGAGAAAGGAAUCAAAGAGAACGGGGAACCAUCUCAAUCAGAAAUAGCGGACAUGAAAGACGGUAUCAUACCAGGGGUACAUACCAAAGAGAAGGCUCGCACCAUAGAGCAGCAGAUAGAGGCGGCCCGGCGACAGGUCACUAUGCUCAAGGCCAGGCUUGAGAGGCGGAACGUGCGAGUGAGCAAGGUCGCUCAGAUGUUCAUAGCGUACUGCGAGCAGUAUGCAGAAUACGACGCAUUCCUCACACCCCCGGAAUGGCCCAACCCUUGGAUCAGCGACACCACCGAGAUGUGGGACCAAGAGAAACAAUGCAAGGAGCCAUUACCUUUACGUCGGGUCCGUAGAUGGUCUUUUGGUCUUCGAGAACUUCUCCAAGACAAUGCUGGAAAGGAGCAUUUCGCCAAGUUUCUGUCCAAGGAAUUCAGCGGAGAGAAUCUCAAGUUUUGGUUGGCGGUCCAAGAGUUGAAGGCGCUGCCGAUACGUCGAGUGUCAGCUCGCGCCAAGGAAAUUUGGAAGGAGUACCUCGCGGCUGACGCUCCAUCUCCUGUUAAUAUUGACGCCACCAGCAGGGAACUGACGCGUGUCAAAGUGGAAUCAGGGACCGCGGACAGAUAUUGCUUCGACCAAGCUCAAGCUCACGUGUACCAUCUAAUGAAGUCUGACAGCUAUUCAAGAUAUUUGAGAUCUGAGAUGUAUAAAGACUAUCUCAAUGGAUCUAAGAAAAAGACUUCAGUGAAAGGAAUUCGUUCUAUAGUAUCGUUCACGGCUCGCAAAGAAACUUCAGCAAAUUGA